GCCAGCGCAUGGGCUCCUUGUGCAUCUAUGGGUCCCCAUGAGCGGCUCCUGGGGGGUCCCGGCUGAGCCCCAAACCCACCUCACUGAAGGGUUUGGAGGCUUCUAUGAUUCCAUGAUUCUUCUACCCAUAAGCAGAGAAGAGGUCCAUGGUUUUUACAAUGAGGUACCUCGGUGGACAACCCGGGGACACGGCACCCCUGCCUACAUAGGGGUGGGGCAGGAGAGAUCCCCACCCCUGGAGUAGGUCCCACCCCUGGGGCAGGUCCCCAUCCCUGGCUCUUUGGGGUCCCCCGUUCAUGCUGGGUGCCCCACACACGGCACGUGGCCAAGAGGUGAUGACGUCAAAUUGUGCCAGGGGAGAGGUUCAGGUUGGGUACUGGGAGCGAUUCCUUCUCUGACAGAGCGGUGAGGCACUGGCACAGCUACCCAGGGAGGUGGGGGAGUCACCAUCCCUGGGGGUGUCCAAGAGCCGUGGGGAUGUGGCACUGAGGGACGUGGGCAGUGGGCACAGUGGGGGUGGGCUGGGGUCGACCUUGGGGAUCUUAGUGGUCUUUUCCAACCUUCAUGAUUCUAUGACCUGGAGUCAGCACCAGGCUCCGUCUCAUUAGAGAGCUUCUGGAUGGAAUUAAUUGCUCUGCCUGUUGCCAUGGCGCUGGGGCCACGCGGGGAUGCGGUGCUGGCAGGGCAGGGACCGUGGUCCCAGUGGCCAUGGGAGCGCGGCUGCCGUUGCCCAUCCCAUGGGAUGCUCCGUGGAGCAGCUCUGGGGCACGCUGCCAAGCAGCGCCGGCACAUGGCGAGGGGGUGACCACGCUCCAAACACAAACCCCAUCACAGAGCCCACUCUGGGGAUGGGGACGUGCGGCAGGAGGGUAUCCCUGCCCUGCAGUGCUGCAGCCGCUGACUUGCUGUCCUCCGUCCCCUCCCGCAGCAGUACCUGCGACCUGGACUACAGCCUCUACAGGGAUGACUUCCCGUACCGGGUGUACGAGUACCAGAAGAUCCCACCCCUCAUUAACCGCAUCCCCGUCAAGGCCAGGAGAACGCAUGCGAGAGCAGGAGGCACAAGCAGCCCCAGCCCCCAGCACGGGGCACGGAGCAGCGCCAGCUCCACGGGAACGCGGACAAAACUGCGAGCCGAGGAGCUGCACUCCAUCAAGGAGGAGCUGAGCCAGAUCAAGGCACGGGUGGACAGCCUGCUGGAGAGCCUGGAGCGCAUGGACCAGCGCAGGGAGCGGCUCUCGGGGUGCAAGGAGAGCGAGAAGAAGAGGGCGGAGGUGGGCUCAGCAUCGCCGGCCCCGCUAGGAGAGGGCUCCCGGGGCAAGGAGGGGAGCGGAGGGAACGGGCGCAGCGACCUGCGCAACAUCGACAGCGCUGAGGAGAGCACGGACACGGAGGAGACGGUGAAGGCCCACACCUCGGACCCCGAGGGGAGCCAGUAGUGGGAUGUCGGAGCCCCGCAGCUCCUGCCCCAUCCCCGCGUCCCUUUGGAGGCUCCCAGCAGGUGCCAGGCUGGGGCCCGGUGCCCGCUGCCUGCACUCACGUCCCCACCACCAGUGCCAGCGGCCCUGUGCCUGGUGCUGGCCAGCCGUGGCGAGAGAAGUCUUUGUGUCUGAGUGCGCAUUGGAUCAUUUGUUCUUUUUAUUCCUCCUGUUUUGCAGUGUAAGUACACGGGGAGGGAGGGUAGGAGGGCAGAAGCUCCGCAUCCUGAAGGAACAUUCGCCCAGAGCUGAGAUCCGUGGUGCCCCAGCUCCUUGCCUCCCCGGUGGGUAAAGCAUCCCACUGACCCGUGGGUCACACCCAGCCCCUCCAUCCCAUGAGCACAGCAUGGGCCGGACACGCUCCCCAUGCAGGACAAAGCCACAGCACCGUCCCUGCUGGGUGGUGGCGAGGACACGGGUGGCCUCACUCGGUGCCACCAUGGAGCCCAGCCCUCACUCACCAAUGGGUUUCCCUUCAUGGUGUCCCAAGGACUCCAUUCUUUGCCACCAUAGCGGGGAGCUCCCGGCUACCUUUGCCCAGGGAAGUUGUGCCUCCGUCCCUCUCCCUCCGUGUCCGUGUCCCCCGUUUCGAGGUCGUCCUUCUCUCGCUGGUAGGAAGUUGUCCUGUAUUUCUAAGUUGCUCCGGCAAAAGAGUGUAUUGUGCUGGAAAGGAAUAACAAUAAUUUGUAUUUCUUUUCUCUGGUUA